AUGGAGGAGCAGUGGUGGAAAGGGGAGCUGGCAGCAGACAUCCAUCACACCCUGAGGAUGAAGGAACUUAAAUUGCCUGUGUACAAGGCUCGUUCACCACAGAUUGGGAUGCGCCGAUACUUCAUUGAUGUCCUGACUGUGCUCAGCAACCAUUGCAACCUCUGCCCUACAGCCCGGCAUCUCGCUAUCUAUCUACUGGACCUCUUCAUGGAUCGCUAUGAUGUGACUGCCAAGCAACUGUACAUAAUUUCAUUUGCCUGUCUUCUCCUAGCAAGUAAAUUUGAAGAAAAAGAAGAUAAAGUUCCAAAGUUGGAGCUCUUAAAUAACCUGGCGUACAUGUGCAAAGUGAAUGUGGUAUUAAACAAGCAAGAUUUGCUUACAGUAGAAAUACUGCUUUUGGAAAACUUCGACUGGAACCUCUGUAUGCCAACACCAGCACACUACAUUGACUACUAUCUCUAUGUGUCUUUUGGAGAGAAUGACCUUCACAAUGGCUGGCCCAUCACCUCGCCAACCGAAGUCAAAGACUUCCUGGAGAAAUAUGCAUAUUAUUUCCUUGAUUUAUCAGUUCAAGAUCCCACUUUUCUCCAUUUUCGUCCAUCUCUGAUUGCUGCAGCUUGUGUAUGUGCCUCACGUAUCUGUAUGCAGGUUUCUCCUGCCUGGACAAUGCAGCUUGAAUUCCUAACAUGCUAUUCCUUGGAACAUCUUGCCCAGUGCGUUGAGAUGAUGCUCAUAUAUUAUGAGAAUGACAUCAAUGAAGCCAGUAACAUAAAAAAGCAAGUAACAACUCAACAUCAAGAACAGGAAGCAUUGGGAAAUCUGACUUACCAAGCUACUACUCAAGUUCUCUUCCAGCAAUCUAGUUACCACCCUUUAACACAGCAUUCAGCUACACUUUCCCAGUUCCAGUGGCCAGUACAAGAUCUGUGCUCAGCUUAUCGUGAAUCUUUACAGCAGGCCCAUAGGCCCAGUAGUGUGCUUCCUGGGAGCACUGAUAGCUCCCUGAGCUCCUACACAGCUUUUCAGGCCAGCCUUCAGCCAUCUCCCCAGGCUUUGCCCAUCCAGACACCCUUUGUUGUGCAGGUGGCAUUUGGAACAGAGAGCAGACACUGCAUUUCCACAGUUUGUGGCAGUAGUUACUUCAGUGAUAGUCAGUUGUAUGCAGCUGGGUGUUUUGACUGA